AUGAAUCCACCUACCAGUCCCUCUUCGCGUCCUCGUCGAAAGGCAGCAGAGAAAGCUCUCAAAGAUAUUCACAAUAUCUACGGUCGUGGCACCAAAAGACUGAGGGCCACACUUACCCAGCGGGAAAAGAAAGUGCUGAAGCGCACGCGUAAUGACACGCCACCUCGAACCUUUUCACAAGGUGAUAACACUCCUGCGCAGUACAAACCGACACCGACUCACAAGUAUAUAGCCAAUCACUCUGGUUUGGUUGAGGAAGAUGAUGUCGUUUAUGUCGACGAAAUAGAAAUAGAGAUUUUGGUCGAAGCUUGCGGAAUCACGAGAAAGAAUAUCCCUUGUGACAUAUUCCGCUCGACCUUUCUAGGUCCUUUUAAACACAAAGACGAACGACCGCAACUCAAAAUCCAAGCCAUUAAGAAUGUUGGUAUCGGCAAUUGGGAACAGGCGUCGUUCUUUCAGCGACUGCAAAAAGCACUUCCCAAAAAGUGGUUACGAAGCGCCUGGAAUAUAUUCUAUUAUCAACCCUUUCGUCGCUACCUUUACGGUAUUCUUUUCCUACAGCCGUACGCCUUGAUCACCUAUGUUGAUCAUGGCUGUGCCGGAUACUCUGAGCCACUUGAUUUUGUGGAGAAUCUUCAACACACUCAAUUCCUCGCGGAUUUUCUGGCGGAUCUCAUCGCGGAACCUGAAUAUCGUGGACGAGAUCCUCACAUUACGGCACAUCGAAAUGAUGGCUCGAUAUUCAUUGAACAUGCGGGAAUAAAGUGGGCUGAAGUAUUCGACGGAUUAUUAUGCUACCGUCCCUGUGUGUUUACGAGGCAUCUCAGGGUUACGCGAGUGCAUCCUAUCGACUUCCCGGAAGACAAGUGGGUUAUGAAGAAUUCCUGGGAAGAGAUGCUCAAAAACCCGUCGCCGCCUCCUGAAGAGGAGGUUCUUCGAAUUCUUAUUGAAGCAAAUGUACGAGGUCUUCCACAGCUUCAUGAAUCGUGCCGUUCGACUACAGGACGCAGUGACAAUACGAAACCGUUAAGUGACAAGAUGGAGAUAUCAAGCGACAAUAUGAAAGUGUCCAGCGACAACAUCGAGGUGUUAACCAGCCAUUUCCCUUCGAAUUGUGAGAACGUACUCGCGGCAAUAACUAAUCGAACCAUAAUUUUGGUCAAAUCCGACUUCGUAUCUAAGCGCACUUCAAAAUCCAAUCUCUCCGACGUAUCUGCAGGCACCACAGGCACGAAAUUCCUUUUCCCAGUUAAAGUGCGGAAACAGAGUUUUAAUGAAUACAUCGACGUACGUAGACGACGUACCUGCCUCAUCACCUCAUAUUGUCAACCGUUGAAAGAGGCGAUGCGCAAUGCUCGGCCAAAAGAACUCAUGCGAACAAUCCGCGACGCUAUGAUCGUUUAUUAUGAGGCGUACAAACGUCCUGAGUAUGGUUUUCUUCAUGGUGAUAUUUCGACUGAGAAUAUUAUGGUUCCGGUAGAGGAAACUCAACUUACUGGCGGCCUUACCCACAAGACACUGCGCGGUACUCUCAUUGACUGGAAUCUAUGCUUUACCGCCGACGGGAGAGCAUCCAGCAGAGGCAUUCGAAGUGGUACUCCUACAUUUAUGGCACCGAGUCUUCUUCUGGACGAACCAGUUACUCGAAGAACCUUGGGACAUGACAUGGAGUCGUUCUUUGCAGUCAUGCUUUGGAUCGCAUCAAUCAACUAUGACGAUGAUAUUGCCUUUCAAAGUAAGCCUCUAGUCAAGCAUGUGGUCGGAAAUAAGUCCUCUGCCAAAUUUGUGGCACAUACUAAAUUACAUUUGUUCGAGAAUCCAAAGGCUUUCAAGAUGUCGAUAAUUAAUUACUUUGAACAGCCAUAUCGCAAAGACAACGACUUUGUCGAAUGCACAUGGGACCUUCGGCACGUCUUAUACAAACAGGAUUACGACGAAGAUACACUGAGCUCUAGUGAAGAGGAGCCCACGGAUUUCGAGGGUACGAAUGACGAUGAUCCAAUGAAGGAGCGCUUGUUCAAGGACUGCAUGGCGGUUUUCGAUAAGCACCUCGGCGACGAAGGAAAGCAAAGUGGCAGUUACCAGUUGGACAAGAUCGAUGCCAGGGAAGACCCAGAAGAAUCGGAUGACGAGUUUUGA